AUGCCCCCUGCUCAUGUGGCGGCGGAGGCGCAGGCGUGCGCCGAGGCGGACGUCGAUGUCGCGUACGUCAGUGUCGCGCUCGAGGACGCACUGCGUGAUGCGAGGACGGGCGCGUCUCCCCUAGCGAUAUCGAUCGUCCCGCGUCGCGAGGCGUGCACGUCGCGCACGGCGCUGUGGGCCGCCGGCCGCAUCGUGUGGGCGCGGCCUCUGCGCCCCGAGAUGGCCGAGGAAGCCGAGGUGCACGCGCGCAUGGCUGUGUACGUGCACCCUGCUUUGGCGGGCUCGACGGACGUCGCGGUCCGCGCCGUCGAGCCCGUGCGCCUCGCUGCCGUGUACGUGGCUGUGGCGGCCGGCGACUACGAGCGCCUCGCUGCCGACCAGGCGGGCGUGCAAGACGCGCUGGAUGGGCGCAUCGUGUGUACGCAUGCCUGCAUGCCCUUACUGGGCACGACGGCGCGUGUGCUUAUGAGCGAGCCCGUCGCGCAGGGCGUCGUCGAUGCGUCAGCGACGCGCGUCUAUGUGAUCCAAGAGCGACCUGCCGCGGCCGCCGAGGAGGACGUCGCUGCGGCGCCACCUGCGAUUGACGAGCGCUUCUUGGCGUGCGAUACGAGUGCGUCGCCUGCCUUUCGCGCGCGCCUCAUGCCGCACGCCCAGCUCGUGCGCGAUGCGAUCGAGGCAUGGCAGCGGCGCGGCAACGAUGCGUAUGUCGAUAUCGAGAGUGUGGUGCUUGUGCGUGAGCGAGCGCUCGCGCAUCUGGCUCUCUUUGACGGCGACUGGGCCGUCGCGACCGUGUGGCCAGAUCGCAAGCCGCGCGUCGUCCGUGUGUGCAUGACAAGCGACGCCCUCGCGCUUGACGAGGCGUAUGUGCCGCCGAUGCUGCUGCAGAACCUGUGUGACGGCGCGACGUUCGACCCCAUGCGGGAAGUCGCGCUGCAUCUCGACCCGCUGCCGCCGCAUGUGGCCGAGGAGGCCAUCGAGCUCGCUGAGCCGCCGUCCAAGCCGCCGCUGAUGCCGUGUGCCGAGCACAUGUGCAUCGCGACGAUCGCGUCGCCCGUGACGACGGACCGCGCUUAUGAUGCGCAGUGUGCAGAUGCGCUGCGCGCGUACCUCGCUGACCACCCACGCAUCCUGCGCGAGGGCGACGUGAUCGCCGUCGCCCUCACCGCCGGGCGUGCGCGCUUCCAGCACAUGGACACGGCCCGCGAGCAGACGCCCGCUGCGUCGCAAAUGCUGCAUCUGCCGGGCCAUCCGCCGACGUACCUGCGCGAUGCGGUCUACUUUUGCGUGAGCGAGCUCACGCCCGAGCUCGUCGAUCCCGAGACGCUGCAGCGCCGCAUCCCGACGACCAUGCCGGCCCUGCGGCAGUGGUGCCUGACCCUGCUAGCCUCGGGCAGCAUGGCCGGCGCAGGCUGCUGGGUCGACGCGCACACCACGCGCAUCCUGCAGAGCGGCACGGUCCAGCGCCGCGUCGUGACGGACGUGCACGGCUGGCUCGGCUUGGCGUCCGACACGCCGCCCUGUCCGCCCGACCACACGCCCUUGACGCAGCCAGGCUCCGCGUGGUCGCGCCUCGCCUCGCUGCUGCACGCGGCCCUAUCGCCCCGUGCGCAGUCGCUCGGCGUCCACGUGCACCUGCUGCUCCAAGGCGCACGCGGCGUGGGAAAGCGCAUGCUGGUGCGCUGGGCCGCUCAGCGCGUGGGUGUGCAUGUGCUCGAGCUGCCGAGCACGAUGCUGGUGGGCGAUACGGAUGCGCACACGGAGGGCGCGCUGCGUGCGCGGUGUGAGCGCGUGCGCUCGUGCAUGCCGUGCGUUCUCCUGCUGCGGGAUAUCGAUCUGCUCGUGCGGCGCGGCGCGGGCGAAGCGGCGCAGCAGGCCGUCGUCAAGAUGCUGCAUCGGUGCCUGAGUGACGACGGCGGCGUGCCGCUGGUGAUCGGCACCGUGGACGAUGCGGAGGCGUGUCCUUCCGCGCUGCGUGCGCUGUUUCCCGAGACGAUCGAGCUGCGUCCGCCGUCAGAGCCGGUGCGGGCGCAGCUGCUGCGCAUGGCGCUCGAGACGUGCGAGCCCGGCGCGGAUGUCGAUGUGCAUGCGCUCGCUGUGCAGACGGCCGCGCUGCUGGCCGACGACCUGCGCGACGUGGUCGACCGUGCGCGCCUCGCGUCGAUACAGCGCCUCGGUGCCGCCGGCACGAGCGAUCUUGUCGCAGCGCGCCCGGUCGUGUCGGCGGCUGAUUUGGACGACGCGCUCGCAGCUGUGCGUGCGCGGUACAGCGAGAGUAUCGGUGCGCCCAAGAUCCCGAAUGUCACAUGGGACGAUGUCGGGGGCCUCGCGCAUGUCAAGCACGAGAUUCUCGACACGGUGCAGCUGCCGCUCGAGCAUCCGGAGCUGUUCAGCGACGGCGUCAAGAAGCGCAGUGGUGUGCUGCUGUACGGCCCGCCCGGGACGGGCAAGACCCUGAUCGCAAAGGCCGUCGCGACGUCGUGCGCGCUCAACUUUUUCUCAGUCAAGGGCCCCGAGCUGCUCAACAUGUACAUUGGCGAGUCGGAGGCGAAUGUCCGCCGCGUGUUCCAAAAGGCACGCGAUGCCAAGCCGUGUGUGGUGUUCUUUGACGAGCUGGAUUCGAUUGCGCCGCAGCGCGGCCAGCAGGGCGACUCGGGCGGUGUGAUGGACCGCAUCGUGAGUCAGCUGCUCGCCGAGCUCGAUGGCAUGGCGUCAGGCUCGGCUGCGAGUGACGUGUUUGUGAUCGGCGCGACGAAUCGACCGGACCUGCUGGACCCGGCGCUCUUGCGGCCGGGCCGCUUUGAUCGCCUCCUGUACCUGUCGGUGGCCGAGACGCACGAUGCACAGCUCCACAUCUUGCAAGCGCUCACGCGCCAAUUUGUGCUGGACGACGACGUCGGUGAUUUGCGCGUGAUUGCGGAGCAGUGCCCCUUCCACCUGACGGGCGCCGACUUUUACGCGCUGUGCUCGGACGCGAUGCUCAAGGCCAUGUCGAACAAGGCCGCGGAGAUCGAUGCCGUGGUCGCGCGCCUCAACGCCGAGCCGCGCGCGCCCGAGCACGCGCACUGGCCGCAUCCGCUCACCGUGCCAUUCUACCUGUCGGAGGUCGCGCAGCCCCACGAAGUGCGUGUGCGCGUGAGCCGACGGCACUUUGAGGAGGCGCUGCGCGAGCUGUCGCCGUCCGUGUCGCCGCAGGAAAUGGCGCACUACCGACAGGUCCAACAGGCCUUUUCGCAGCCGAGCGACCCGGCGGCCGCGGAAGGCCUCGAUACCCCGCCGUCCAGGCACGAGGCGCUGGACACGGCGGCUGCGGGACCCCACACGGCCCCUCCAUAA